AUGUCUGAACAAGAGCGUAUACAGGAAUGUCUGAGGAAAGAAAUAAGAUCACUUCUUAUUUCUACCAAAAAUGGUUUGACCCCGCAGCAGUUGGAAAAGGAGUACCUUUUGAUGGUUGGCAAUCACCUACCCCUCCGAAUCCUGGGGUAUCGGUCCACCAUGGAGUUGGUGUUAGACAUGCCUGAUGUGGUCAGUGUCUGCCCCUGUGGAAAUGGUACCAUAAUACUGAAAGCCAUUCCAGAUGAAUCCACAAAAGGAAUAGCAAAUUUAGUUGCAAAACAGAGGAGCAGCACUAAGGUUCGAAACUCCAUACAAAAGGGAAGAGCCAGUGCUUGCUCUGGGCCAACCUCUCGUCGAGUGCCUUACCGGGGAAGGGUGCCUCCCAUUCUCCCAGCUGUUGUGAAGAGUGAGUUGAAAGACCUCUUGGCAUUGUCUCCUGUUCUCCUUUCUGAUUUUGAAAAGGCGUUUGUCAAGCGAUUUGGACGAUCAUUUCAAUAUGUGCAGUAUGGAUUUCUGUCUAUGUUUGAAGUGUUGAAUGCAGCUUCAGAUAUCAUUGCUGUAGAGCAGACCAGAGCAGGUUCUUUACUGAUGCUAAAGAAGAAUAUGUCUGAGGAAAAGCAUAGAGGAUGGCCAGCAGGUAAAAAUUUUAGUCAGCCAUUUAGAAUGAAACAGCAGGGGGCAUACCCCACAGGCUGUCCAGUUGCAAAGGCACCCUUUUUACAACCCUCUUCAAACAUGGAAUCACCAAAGCAAAUACUGGCCCCCGAGAAGACGUCAUUCAAUGCAAUGGAAACUUCAAGGCUGAACCACACUGAAAAAUUAAACCAGUUGGAGAACACAUUCAAAUCAGUUAUUGCACAAAUUGGACCUGGAGGGACUAUCAAUCCAGAACUAAAACAUAAGAUAAAAUUUGUUGUGGCUAAAUUUCCAGAGGGUUUGUUUAUUUCUAAACUGCUUGGAGAGUUUGAGAUAGUUUUUAAAGAACAGCUUUCACCAAAGAAAUUGGGCUUCUUAAACAUAACAGAACUUGUUGGAGCUCUUAGUGACAUUCUUCGUGUUGAGUUUAGGGAAGGAGAACAAGACUUGCUGGUGUUUGAUGCUGAGAUGAGGCCGGUACAGCCUGAUACCACUAUUUCAUCAGUUAAAAACCCAUGGCUAGUUCAACCAACUAAGAAAGUAGAAGCCAAAGGUUGGGUCUCCAGUCCCCCUAGAAAUUCACUGUCUACUGCUGCUGUAAAGGAGACUACAUGGGAUGGCCUCUUGAAAACUUGUAAAGACCCAGAACAGAAGAUUUGCAAGAAGCCUAAUCUGGUGGUAAAGCCUUUACAGCUGCAAGUAGAAGCAGACAAAUCACAGCUCAACUUGGCAAUCGCAAAUCAUGAUAUUCCACCAGAUGCUUCCCGGGAAAAGAAAUUAUGCAAACUUCCCCCACUGGAUACCAGCACUCUUGUAGGAGUCUUUGUGGAAUAUAUUGUUUCUCCUAGUCAAUUCUACAUUCGAAUCUAUAGCAGAGAUUCAUCAGAGUUACUUGAGGACAUGAUGAUUGAAAUGCGGCGUUGUUACUCUAACCAGCUGGUUUCUGAUCGAUACAUCAUGCCAGAAUACUUUAUCCAGCCAGGACAUCUCUGUUGUGUAAAGAUUUCUGAGGAUAAGUGGUGGUAUCGAGUUAUUAUCCAUCGCAUCCUUGGUAAAAAGGAAGUUGAAGUGUUCUACCCAGACUUUGGAAAUAUUGGAAUUGUUCAGAAAUCCUCUCUGAGGUUCCUCAAGUGCUGCUACACAAAGCUUCCAGCUCAAGCUAUCCCUUGUUCUUUGGCUUGGGUGAGACCAAUUGAGGAACACUGGACACCCCAAGCUAUUUUGCAGUUCCAGAAGUUGUGUGGCUUGAAGCCAUUAGUGGGAGUGGUGAAUGAAUACAUAGAUGGAAUCCUAAACAUUUUUCUUUGCGAUACAUCAUCAAAUGAAGACAUCUAUUUCCAUCAUGUCUUAAAAACAGAGGGCCAUGCUAUUAUAUGUCGAGAAAAUGUACCUUCUAAGGGUUUCAAAAACCUAAACCCUUUAGCUUUAUAUACUAAAGCCGGUAGAGAGCCAGAUGAUGUGGUCUUGACAGAAUUGGGUUAUCCUUCCCAGCAGCGCUGUUUAAAGGAAAACCCAGAGAAAAGUCCACAAACCAAAGAUAACAUGUUACAUACCUUGCAGGAUGUUAAUAAUGAAAAGUCUUUAAGUGACCUUAAAUCUGUGCCAAUGGAACUAUUAAAUGAUUCUGAGUUUAAUCCGUUGAAAACCCAUAAGAGCUGUGAAGAAGAUCCCAAGUGGGCCAUCCUGGAGCCAAACAACCUGAAGGAAGACAAUGAGGAUGAGAUUCCUACUGGAAUGCCAUGCCUGGAAUCAGUGACCACAGGUGAUGAUAUUUGGGAUGAGAACUGGUUACCACUGCGGGCUAGAAUGGGAAAAGGUGACGCUGCUGUCUCCCAUCUGUUCACCUCAAGCCUUGCUGGAAAGGAACAGUACUCAUCAUGUGAAGAAAUACCACAGAAGGACUGGUGUUUUUCUCCAUCUGAAGAUGUAUGGGAUGGUUCAGGGCAACAUUCAGGCCUUGUUAAUGGAAUGAAUAUAGAAAUUCAGAAAGCAGAAGGGCUGGCUGCUCAAGAAAAAAAUACUGGCACAGCCAGAAUUGAAAUGGGUCCUUUGGAUUCUUCCACACUGCCUAAACUGGAGGAACUCUACAUCUCUCUUACCCCAUCACAGCUAUCGACAGAAGGGAUCCAGUUUGAAACUAGACACAUUAAGACUCAACCAAAAUACAGUCAGUUGUCCACACAGUUGUCCAAUUCAACUCCUGCAAUGGAUGACUCUCCAGAAAAAUUCUCUCCAUCUGUGGAGAGCUCUCCAGGGAGCAUAAAGAAUGAAGAUUUUUCUAGUAAUGAUGCUGUCACUGUGUUCAAGGACAAGAGUCAAGGUGGCAUAGACCAGCUCUCUCUGAUUUUGUCUCCCACGCACCAGAUUUCUCAGAAGCUCUACAUUCCUCGAAGCACAGCCACUGCUGCCUUAGGAGCUGCUGCCCGGCUGGCUACAUCCACGAGCCUCUUGCACUGGUACCCUAGUAUGAAAGGGUGGCAGCAUGCGGGGCAGGGCGGGGAGGCGGCUGGAGAGAAAUAGCAUUUGUAGUGAGGUUUUGUCUUCUAGUUUAAGUUUGCUGUUCACUUAGCUGAGUGGAUGUUGAUUUUUAUUUCAUUUUCAUGAUUUUAUUUCAUUGUGUAUGAUUUUGUUCACCUUUAUUUUUAAUGCAACAGUUCAAAGGAGUUUUUGUUUCUAUAAAUGUUUCUUGUACAUAUCAUCACUGAUAAAUGAAAACCGAAAAUCUGAUGUUUUGUGAUCCAUAUUUAGCAAGACAAAAGUAUUCUUACCUAUCUCCAGAAAGAGAAUGUUUGAAUCUUUAAAAUCUUAGGUUUUCUAUCAUAGAGCACCAUUUAUUUCAACCAAACUAUGUAACUAUGUCAACUAAACCUGUCCAUGUACUUUGUACCCCCAUUCCUAAAAAUUAAGAAAGGCUAUUUUUCAGAAUAAAUACCUGAGACAUAGUUGAGUCAUGUCUAAAAUUCCCUGCUUGUCACUUUUUAUGGUACAAGGGUUUUGAACUAAUGACCACAGGUACUCUACUACUUGAGGCAUGCCUCCAGCUUGUGUUAUUUAGCUUGGGUCUAUUUUUUUGUGUGUGGGGCUGGCCUUGCACCACAUCCUGUCUGUGCUUCCUGUGCAGCGGGGACUACCAACCAAUAAAACCAUCUUGAUUGAGAUUGGUGUCCCAUUUUUUGCUUGGCUGACCUCAUACUAAUUCUCCUGAUCUCUGCCUACCAAGUAGCUGAGAUUGCAGGCAUACCCCAC